UAAAUGCUACUGAACAGAAACAGUGGGGAAGUCCCAUAGAGGCGUGGUCGGCAAGAUCAUGGCGAGCAGCAAUGGAGGAGGAGAAGGAAGAGAAGAAGAGGAGCUGCAUCGAUUGACGGAGCUGAGCAAAAACUUGAAAGAAGGGGAGAGAAUUCUUGGGCCAACAAGGAGACCCGACGGUACUCUCCGAAAACCCAUCCGGAUUAGGGCUGGCUAUGUCCCUCAGGAGGAAGUUGGCAUUUACCAAUCGAAAGGCACCCUGUGGAAGAAGGAGAUGGCCUCGCAGGUGGGACCUCCAGGUUAUGAUCCUGAAUUGGAUGCAAAACCCAAGACUAAGGCAGUUAAGAGGAAUGAAAGAAAGAAGGAGAAGCGGCUACAGGCUGCUCUUGAAAAGGACAAGAAUGUGGAACAAGGAGAAGCUGGGGAGAUACAAGAGGAAGAAGUCCUACAAGUUGAAGAUUUGGGCACUGGGUCGGAAUCUGUCAAGCAGUUAGCAUCUCAGAUGAAUGAGCUAACAGUUUCCGUAAAUGCCACUAUAAUUAGCCCCCCCUUGGAAGCUACUGAGGGUUCAAAUUCAGGAAAUCCAAUUCAAGAGAUUGAUAAACGGAUACGAGCACUUAAAAAGAAGAUUCGACUUGCAGAAGGACAACAACAGAAAAUUGCACAAGAUAUGAAGCCAGAUCAGUUGGACAAAUUGACAAAGCUGGAAGGCUUUCGCAAGGAGCUAAAACUUUUGGAGGAUAAGAAGGUAGAAAUGGCAGCAUCAUCAUAAACAAUUGUUUGGGGAGGAGAAACGGAUCCUUGAUGCUUUCUUUCCUUGAUAAAAGAUAUGAAAGAAUCCUUGUAAUGGUCGGAAGUGGAAGUUCCAUCUAUCUAAGAUUCGGUUUCUUAUCAGCUGUUUUAUACCGCAUACCGAUUGUUCAACCACGCUUGGUUAUUCCAUACAGUAAUUACUAAUUAUUCAUUCCUUUCUCGUUUUCAUUGAAAUUUUAAUCACCUUUUGUUCCA